CAUUACAUACACCACAAGUUAAAGUCACACUACUAAGCUAGCCAGCCAGCCAGCAAAAUUUAUAGAUAGAUUAAUUUGAAAACCAUCGGAAAUGGAGAUUAAGGGGAUGAAAAGUGGAUUAAUUGUUGGAUUAGCGAUGGUGGCGAUGAUUAGUGCCGCGGCGGCCCAGUCCGGAGGGUGCACGACGGCCAUCCUGUCAAUGGCUUCGUGCCUCGACUACGUUACCGGGAAGGCCCCAUCUCCGUCCUCCGGCUGUUGCACCGCGUUCUCCGGCGUCCUUAAGUCUCAGCCGCGGUGCCUCUGCACCAUCGUCAACGGCGGCGGCUCGUCGGUCGGCGUGCAGAUUAACCAGACGCUGGCGCUCCAGCUGCCUGAUUCAUGCAAAGUUAAAACUCCUCCAGUCAGCAAAUGCAAUAACGCUGGUGAUGGAUCAGCAAUAUCUCCAGUGGGAUCACCUGGAGAUUCUCCGGCGGUUGCUGCAUCCAAUUCAGCUGGAAACAUGAUGAAGCUGCAGCCAUUUUUUCCGGUUUCCCUUGCUUUCUCUCUCUUCAUCCUUUCGACUUUGGCGAGCUUCUGAAUUGUUAUUGGGAGUUCUUGAAUUGAAGCUCAACGUAUCACCAUAUUUAUGAGCUAUACAUC